AUGAUCGAGUUGAACCAGAUGCUAACCAUCUACAGUCCGCUCGAUAUCCUUCAUCUGUCAUAUAGAACCCUCGUGUUCGAGAAGUUUAAAGCUAGAGAAGAUCAGGUGGCCCCCCCCAAGAAUCCGACAGAUUGGAAGCGAGGCGUAAUUGUAAAACACAGCACAGCUGUAUUUCCCCGUCAGCAUCAGGAGAAGUAUGAUGGUGCCUAUUGGAGAAGAGACGCCUAUACAGCAAAAGAGUGGACAACAGGCACAUUAACAACAUGUGGCGCUGCUGAUGUGACCAUCAUGCUGAACAUGCUAAAAUAUAUUUUUCAGCCUCAAUCUGUGUCUGGCACAGGCGAACCCUACUUGGAGAACUUGAAAGUUGGACCAACAAUACCUGCAAGGGGGGGGCAACACUCUUUCGAAUCGGUGAGAUUCGCUGACUGGAUAAAUUGUAUGCUCGCUUAUCCAGGCGCCUCACCGACACUUGGGGAAAUGCUCCGAACAGAGAUCAUCAAAGCAGCGCCUGAAGUAAGAACAAGAGAAAUUGCCCAUUAG